UUUGAUGGGUUUAAACUCAUAUAAAAAUGCACAGACUGUGGUCUGCUUUAUUCAGGUUUGCGUGUUUCCUGGUGUAAAAUGUUUCAUGCUUUGUAUCAGAGUACGCUUUGUGCAGCCUCCAUGUGAAACAGGAAACCUGUCUCUUUAAUAAUUUAAGACCUCGUUUCUAAGACAGGAUCAGGAUGCAGGGGGCUCAGGUGAGGAACGAGCUUCCCUUCUGCUAAACCCUGUCUUCUAAGCUCAUUGGGCCCUGACUGUCCAGUGUCCUGCGCUUCUAGAGCGACAUUAGCCACCCUGGAUGUGGACAGCAUGGAGGGACUCGAUCGAAGACAUCUGUCAGUUUAUCGAGCCGCCAUGAAGCUUGUGUCUCUACAGAAACUCUGUCACAUGGAUGCUGUGUCGGUCACACACAUCCUGGAGGCAGUUGCCACGGUUACGGAAGCUAAGCAGCAUCAGGAGCUAAACCUGGAGGACAUGUCCCAGACCCUGAGCAGGAUGUUUGACAGCGUGGCUCCUGCUGCCGUGGCGGCACCGGAGGAGAUCAGCAGCCUGUUGUUCAGGCUGUACGACCGGCAUCAGACCGGUCAAGUUCCUGCCGCUGCUUUUCAAACUGCUCUGAUCGCUCUGUCGGCAGACGGUUUGCUGGACAAGUACAAAGCUCUGGUGAGUGUGUCAGAUAGCAGCUCUGGGUCGGUCAGCAGGUCUGAACUCAGAUCUUUACUACAGGACCUCAGCCAGAUUCCUGCAGCGGUGCAGGAGGAGGGGGUUUUUGGCAGCGUGGAGGCGGCACUGAGCUCCUGUUUUAGCGGGGUUUCCACAGCGACGGUGAGCGAUGGACACGUGCUGUCAUGGAUGCAAAGCAACCCGCGCCUUUUGUUAUGGUUACCCACACUGCACCGGCUGUCAAUCACUCAGAGCAUCACUCACAACGUGCGCUGCCACACCUGCAAGACCUUUCCCAUCAGCGGACUCAGGUAUCGCUGUGUAAAGUGUGUGAACGUACAUGUGUGUCAGAGCUGUUUCCUGACCAGUCGACACACAAAGAAACACAAACUCCACCAUCCAGUGCUGGAGUUCUGUACCCAGCCCACCUGGAGGGAGUCUCUGUCCUCAGUAGUGCACAGUGCCUGUUAUGCUCUGUUGCCACGACGACGCACUCAACGGAAUGCUGAUUGGAGGAUGUGGUCAGAUCCAGAGGAGCCUCAGAAUAGAGGCCUGAGUCACGCUGACGUCUCAACACAAGUGGCCGACUCAGCAGCAAAUCACAGCCCCAGCUCCAGCAGGAAUGCUUCCCAACAGUCUGUCUCAAGCUCAUCUUCACCUCAGACUCUGGAGACGGAUAAGGAGAUAUUGAUUCAGCAGGUGGACCCGACAGCCUUGAUGGAUGAAGUUCGAAACCUGCACAGAGACAAAUGGCUGUUGGAGCAGGAGCUUCAGACGUGGAAGCUCACUGUCCAAUCAGAGCAGGGACUCCUGGAGGACAGGUGCUCUGAGAUGGAGGUGAACAUGGAAACUCUGAGGCAACACCACCUGCGCCUGCAGGGCCUGCUCACACAGGCGUUAAACAAGGACCCUGACCAAGCCAGUGUAGACGCAGAGACUCAGCAUCAGCCAGACAACACCUCACACAGGACUGGGACAGGAAGCACCACACCAACGUCUGACAUGCAGGAGGAGGACGAUGAAGAACAGCAACCAACUCCAUCCCCAACAAUCCAAUGGGACAAGGACCUCCAUUAUGAGGAGUCUGUGGGUGAAGGGUGUCUCUGUCUUCCAGCAGGAAGAGAGGAUGGGCUUCAGGACGACGAUGCCUGUCUGUCUGAAGAGGACGAUGCGUUUGGGAUGUGUGGCCCGGAGAAGCUGCUGCAAGAAACCGUAGACAGACUGAAGGCUGGGAUGGAGACAGACAGGUGGAAAGAGAGACAGAAAAGUGAGAGCAGCUCUGAGCUUCUCCAGGCUGCAGAGCAGGUGGGAGGCUCCAUACACCACCUGGUGGAUGCUGUGAGCAGGUCCAGCGGACGGCGCCGCUUUCUGCAGCGUCUGGGAGACGGGCCCGCUGCAGCUGAGCAUGCGGUGGCUGGGCCAGGGGGGGAGCACAGCAGAUAGACCAGGGAGGUCUGGGCCUGCACAGGCGUGACAAUGCUGGAGUACGAGUGAGGGAGGAAGCGCCAGGUCUCAGGUGUCCACCUCCCUCCGACCUCAUUUGCUGCAGUGAAGCUGGGGGGCAGCGCCUCUGUCGCAGGCUGAUGGACGGUGGGAAGAACCAGCUGAACCGUCUGAGUGCUGUGACUGACUUUAACCACCUGGGGACCAGAAACACAUGAGAAAGAUAAUCUUUACUGUAAGAUGAGACUUGAAGGCGUUACGCUCACCUGACACCUAGAUGCCAGCCUGAAGCCCCGCCUCCUCCUCCUCAGGUACACUGAACCAUCCUCGCAGUCUAAGAGGGGAAGGACGCUGUCGCCGCAGCCUUUCUGGGUGUGGUUUCUCCUACCAUACCUAACAAAGACAUUAUACAUAGAUAAGACAAUACAGACUCACUGGCCACUUUAUUACGUCCAUAUGUAAAGUCCAUUUAAUGCAACAUGAAAUCUUUGCUACAAGGUUUUAAGUUCAAACAGUAUGUUUAUUAUUGAG